AUGCAUUGCGCAUCGUCAGAAAAUAUUCAAGACCAACUGCAACGCUUUUGGGAAUUUGAAGCCAUCCCAAACAACAAGGUGAUCAAGCCAGAUGAUGAAAGUUGCGAAAACCACUUCGCUAAUACACACACACGAACCCCUGAAGGCCAGUACAUGGUCCGUCUCCCCAUCAAGUGUCAACCUCCAGAGGCUGCAGCUGAAACCAGAAGACUAGCUGCAAGCAGCCUAAUUGGAACAGAGCGUCGAUUUAAGCAAGAUAUCAAGUUAUCCGAAGCCUACUGCGAGUUCAUGGAUAAAUACGAAUCAGACGGUCACAUGAAGAGAGUGCCAGAGGAGGAAUUGAACAACUCAAAGGCUUGGUACAUACCACACCACGCAGUAGUCCAACAAUCAAAUAACUUGGAUUGGAAAUUACGAGUGGUGUUUAACGCAUCAAGGUUAACCUCUCAGAAAAAAUGCCUUAAUGACUUCCUGCAUGCUGGACCUGCUCUACAGAACGACAUUGGCCUCAUACUAUUAAACUGGCGCAGACACAGAGUCGUUUUCACCGCGGACAUAGUAAAAAUGUUCCGCCAGAUCCUCGUUCAUCCGGAAGACCGCGAUCUACAACGAAUUCUUUGGCGAUCAACUCCGGAGAAACCCAUCGAAGAAUAUCGGCUCUGCACCGUCACAUAUGGCACGGCGUGCGCGCCACAUCUCGCCAUCCGCACCUUGCAACAACUUUCGAUCGAUGAAGGAGCUCAAUUUCCACUUGGAGCGGACUGUUUGCUAGAUAACACCUAUGUCGACGAUAUCUUCGACGGCGAUGAUGACGUCCUACACGCUGAGAAGAAACGAGAUCAAGUGAUAGAUCUCUGUGCGAAGGGGAACCUUAAGUUAGAUAAAUGGUCAGUAAACCACCCCGACCUACAUCCUUCAUCUUGCGCACCACCAUCCUCGGAGAUCAUCGACAAAAACACAGUUUUUAAGACUCUGGGGAUACUUUGGGAUUCAAGUGUCGACUACUUUGCUUUCAACAAUCCCCAAAAAACACACAUCUCGGAGGAUGCAACAAAAAGAAUUAUUUCCUCUACCAUUGCCAAGCUGUACGACCCUUUGGGCUGGCUCGCACCUAUCACAGUGGUCGCCAAGAUCAUGCUCCAAGAUAUCUCGAUACUCAGAAUUGACUGGGAUGUUGAACUCCCUACUGAAGUGCAAGAGCGCUGGACGCAAUACUAUCAAUCCCUAGCUGGAUUAUCAGGUAUCCAGAUACCACGCUGGCUGGGAAGCUUUUCGAAUUCGCUGAUCGAACUCCAUGGCUUCUCAGAUGCUUCCACUCGAGCCUACGCCGCAGCGGUCUACGUGCGAGUUCUUAAAUACAAAGAGGACGCUCAAGUUACACUUCUUGCAGCGAAGUCCAAAGUCGCUCCUAUUAAGACUGCAACAAUACCGAAGCUAGAACUCUGUGGAGCUGCUCUCCUAGUAAAGCUCUUAAAAUACGUUAGACGGCUGACCUUUCUAAAUACUGUACCUGUGACGGCUUGGAGUGACAGUCAAGUCACUCUAGCCUGGAUCAAUCAGCAUCCAUCCAAAUGGAAAACCUUCAUUGCGAACCGCGUCUCCUACAUUCAGACUGAACUGCCUUCGGUGAAAUGGAGACACGUGCCUAGCCAAGAAAAUCCGGCUGACCUAGCGACACGAGGUCUUCAACCAGAGACCCUGCAAGAAAAUAAUCUUUGGUGGCAUGGUCCACAAUGGCUGUCCCUAUCACCGGUUAAUUGGCCUUCUCAAUCCCAAGGUCACGAUACCAAUAGCGAGGAAGUGCAAGCGUUCCUUACUGUCGAAGCUGAAGUCAACAAUGAGAUUCUUUCGAGAUUCUCCUCUCUGCAACGACUUAUUAGAGUUGUAGCAUUCUGCCUGAGAGUGUUCCAGAACUUUAGACCAAAAGGCUCUGGAAACUCUUUCAAGGAUACGGCCCUUUCCUCGACCGAGAUAGAAUCUGCCAGAUCGACGGUCUUAGCGAUCGCUCAGAGGAAGACAUUCUCUGAGGAGAUAGAUUCUCUGAAAAACGGGAGAAACAUUCCCAAACAUAGUAAACUCCGCAAUCUCAACCCCUUUUUGGACAAAGCAGGAAUCCUCCGAGUUGGUGGACGUUUGAAACACUCUUCUCUAGUCUUCUCCUCGAAGCAUCCACUGAUUCUCCCAAAAGAUUCACCACUGACCCCCUUGUACGUGAACUUAGCGCACAAGGUCUCGUGUCAUGGAGGGCCAAAGCUAACCCUCAGCAUCCUUCGAAACUUAGUGUGGAUUGUUGGUGCAGCUUCACUAGUGAGAAAACUGGUACGCACGUGCGUGCCCUGCCACCGAAUUAAACCUCGCUUCCCGACGCAGCUCAUAGGUGAUCUGCCACCUGCAAGGAUCGAACCGGCUCGUCCAUUUACAAACUGCGACCUUGACUAUGCCGGACCCUUUCAACUGCGGGCCACCAAAGGCCGUGGAUUCAAAUCCUACAAAGGAUACAUUGUAGUCUUCGUUUGCUUCGCUACGAAGGCGAUCCACUUGGAAGCGGUGAGUGAUAUGACGACUUCAACCUUUCUAGCAGCUUAUCGCAGGUUUACAGGAAGAAGAGGUCUUUGUCGACGACUGUACAGCGACAACGGAACAACAUUUCAAGGGGCUGACAGAGAACUAAGAUCCAUGUUUAAAAGGGGAUCCACAUUCUACAUGGAAGCCGCAGCAGCCUUCGCGAACGACGGAGCGACAUGGAGCUUCAUCCCCCCAAACUCACCUCACUUCGGUGGACUCUGGGAGGCCGGAGUGAAAUCUGCAAAGCACCAUCUGGCUCGACUGAUGAUCUCCCGGACAUUUACGUUUGAAGAGUUUAGCACCCUUCUCACCGAAAUAGAAGCCUGCCUGAACUCAAGGCCUUUAUGUGCCAUGUCAACUGAUCCCGAGGAUCUUAACGCUCUAACCCCUGCACACUUUCUGAUUGGAAGUACAUUGGCAAUGAUCCCUGACGAAGAACCACCGAACGUACCUGACAACCGAUUAAGCCGCUCCGAACUUAUUCAAAAAGAAGAAACAACUUUUGGAGAAAAUGGUCCCAGGAGUACUUACAGUCACUGCAAGUUAGAGGCAAAUGGCAACAAUCUUCAGACAAUCUAA